AUGGUGUUCAACAAUAUUAAAUUGUCGAGUGGCUACUCUAUGCCGAUUAUUGGCCUUGGUACCUAUGCGAGGAAAGCAGAUCCUGGACAGUUUAGACAGGGUGUUGAGUGGGGUAUAGAUGCUGGCUAUAGGCACAUAGACACUGCAUCGAUUUACGGUAACGAGCAAGAAGUUGGGGAAGGCAUUAAGAACAAGAUAAAAGAAGGAACUGUUACUAGGGAACAACUGUUUCUUUGGAAUGACUGUCAUGCUGAAAGUGAUGUGGUGCCAUCACUUAAGGAAUCUUUGGCCAAGCUCCAACUGGACUAUGUGGACUUAUACCUCGUACAUUGGCCCUUUUCAAUAAAUGCUAACGGUGAAGAUACUGGCAUAGAUUACCUAGAAACAUGGAGAGGAAUGGAGGAGGCUGUCAGGCUCGGUUUAACAAAGUCCAUUGGUGUAUCGAACUUUAACGAGGCUCAAAUUGAGAGAUUAAUAAACGCAGCUAAAAUUAAACCUGUUGUCAAUCAAAUUGAAAUAAACCCCACCUUAACUCAGUACAAAUUGGUUGACUUCUGCAAGAAGUUAUCAGUGGUACCAGUCGCUUAUACACCGUUAGGUUUAAUAUCUGAUGCAAGACCGGAAUUUAUCGGAAAAGAUACCAUUAAAACAGAUUCCAAACUCGCCGAUAUAGCCCAGAAGUAUGGCAAGACUCGUGCCCAAGUUGCACUGAGAUAUCUGGUUCAACGUGACAUCGCAAUAAUUCCUAAAUCGUUUACUAAAUCGCGCAUCGAAGAGAACUUGGAUAUAUUCAACUUUGAGCUGACGCAAGACGAGAUGGCAAUAAUGGAUAGUUACAACCUCAACCACAGAUGUGUGCCCGCCCAAAAGUUUAGUGGUUUAAGUAAUUUUCCCUUUUAA